GUUCGAUUGGUGGUGGUGCAGGUCCCACUGCAGAUAAAGAGCUGGAGUGGGAAGGAGCUUGGGCCACUUUUGUCAGUGGGGUCACUAGAACGGACAGAUGGAUGGUGAAUGGUUUAUGGUUCGCAUGUGAAUGUUUAUUUUCUGUCCUCUGUCCUCUGUCCUCGCGUCAAACAAGCCCUCCCUUCUCAACUGCAGGUCGGACGGAGCAGCAAUGAAAGUGAAGAUCAAGAAGUGGAACGCCGUGGCCACCUGGCGAUGGGACCUUCCUGAAGACGAUGUCUGUGGCAUUUGCCAGGUUCACUUCGACGGAACAUGUCCGACUUGCAAAUAUCCUGGAGAUGAUUGCAGCCUUUUGUCGGGCAAAUGUGGCCAUAACUUUCACAUGCAUUGCAUCUUGGAAUGGAUCAAACAAGAGUCGUCCAAGGGUCAGUGCCCUAUGUGCAGACAAAGAUUUGAGUGGACGCAACAACAGCCUGAACAGACGCCCCUAGACGCCGAAGAUGGCGAUUAGAGCCAGUGGAGCUCGUCAUCAUACGCGCAGUCAAGUAGACGAGGGUGGCGGGUGUCUUGUGAUAGGCGUACAGAGUGUGUCUGGCAUGGCGAACCUUGGACGUGUGGCUGCGUUUAUGGCUAUGGAGUUUUACAGGCGUGAUAUUUGGACAUCGAUACCCAGGAACAGCAGACGGCAUGGGGUCUCCCGUCUCAGGCGCCUAUCAAGAGCACUACCUGCUUUUAUGGUUUAUAAUCUAUUGUGAAGUCAGCAAACAUGCUUUGCCACUUGCAAGCUCUCCC